AUGCAGAACCAUCGGUCCGCUUCCGGUUCCCACGUCUCCACCUUGACCGCUGGCGAUAAGACGAUCCCAGGGCUGCGAGCACAGGGAGGCGCACGGGCAAAACCACAGACCGCAAGACAUGGCCACGCUCCGGCACCAGCGAAACCAGGCCAGUUGACAUUCUACCCUGCCUACACGUUCAAUGCCUCGGCGACUUGGUCGAAAUGGGUGAAACUCACCUGUCACGACGUCCACACGGUGCUGAAACCAAACGACGAGUUCUCGACCGUCACCACGACGACUGGCAGUGACUUCGAUGUGAUGAGUAGGACGUACGGACGCAAGGAACAGCCGCUGCUACUGUUCUACCUCAACCACCCGAUACAGUUUGUGCAGGUGAUUGGUGUAGUGGUUGUGCUAGACGAGUAUUUCGAGAAGUUCUGGCUGCUUACCGUAGACGACGGCAGUGGAGCGACGAUCGACGUUACGUGCCCGAAACCGGAGAAAGACAAAGCGCAGGGGACGAUUCUCAUAAGCUUCAAGCACGGAGUCGAGCCCAACCCGACGUCUGCACGAGAUGAUGAACAAGUCAGCGCAGAACAACACCUACAGACCACCAUUUCCCUUCUCCGAAUCGGGACCGUAGUUCAAGCGAAAGGCACUCUCACAACCUUCAGGCAAACCCGCCAACUCUCACUUAUCCUUUUGAACGUCGUCCCCAGUACCACCCACGAAAUGGCGCUCGUGUCUUCACGCUCACAAUUCCAUGCCUCAACACUUUCACGACCCUGGGUCCUCUCUCAGAAAGAACAGACUAGACUAUGCAUGGCAGCGCAGGGUGAAAGAGACGAGGCAGUCGAGGUAGCGAGAAAGCGAAGGAAGAGAGAACAUCACAAACGGGCUAGGGAGGAGAGGCAUCGGAAGGUUGUCGAGCAGGAGUAUGCGCGGGAAGAAGAGGAGAGGGAGAAGGAGGCGGAAGAAGCGAAGAAAUGGGGGGACAACUUGAAGAAAUCUCGCCAGAAAGCCCCAACGCCUGAACAAGAGGUCCGGAUUACUGUUGAGUGA